AUGGCGAAGCUGAGCUGCCAUCGAUGUGGGAAACAGGUGUAUCCGACAGAUAAGGUGGGCCCGCUGAAAGACUCGUCGUUUUUCCACAACGGUUGUUUCAAAUGUUAUAUCUGUGGGACGAGGCUGGCUUUGAAGACGUAUUGCAACAACAGGAAUAACCAUGAGGACAAGGAAGUGUACUGCUCCAACCAUGUCCCCAUCGCCAGCCCGCAUGAUUUGCCGAUGGAAAAGAAGGCGAACGGCAGUCCGAAGGAGCGCGCAGCUGAGAAACAAUAUAAAAUUGAUGCCGGAAUUAAUGACAUGAAGAUAGCGCACGCUAUUAAAGCGACCGGCGUGGCGAAGCCGUACCCGAAAAUAAUGCACGAGGGAGCGAAAUAUGUUGUGGACUACGACGAUCAAACCCGCCUCGAGCUCAUCCACCGUGGCCAGGAGGACGAGCUCUACAAGAAUUUCGGAGAUGAGCGCCUGAUUGAGCACGAGCGGUUCGAGAAGGACACUAGAGAAGAAUGGGAGCAAGCCCUCGCCGACUUUGCCAAGAAGUUCGAGCGCGGCCAGGCCAACAAGCUACAAAAGGACGACCUGAUCCGCCAGCUGACGAUAAAGCGGGAGAAGAAGCUGGAGACGAUCACCCAGAGGAGAAAGGAACGAGAGCGGCACAAAACCGCCGAGCUGGUAGAUGUGCAAGCGCGGGAGAUGUUGGAGCUGUUCAAGCAGAGUAGGAUGCAGAACGGAUUCUCGGAGGCCGAUCAGGCACUGCCUUCCUAUCCAGCCACCCCGCCACCUCCUGCUCCGCCGUCAUGCCCGAAGCGGAUGGUUUAUACAUCGACUGAGGUUUUCGAGUCCAUCGACCAGGUUGCAAUCGACAUCGCGCAGUCCGAAUUCACCUCAUUCACUGAAUUAAUUCGGAUUCUGACCUACAACGCUACUUGCGACGUUGACAAGGCUAGAGCCAUCUACCGGUGGAUCACUAUCAAAAAUCUGAACACGAUGGUGUUCGAGGAGGGGCUGGAUAGUGAUUCCCCGAUGGGACUCCUCAGAGGUAUCAAAUAUGGCACCGAGAGUUAUCACGUGCUCUUCAAGCGGUUGUGCAGCUACGCCGGCCUGCACAGCGUCGUCAUCAAGGGCUUCUCGAAGAGCGCGGGAUAUCAGCCGGGGCUGAAAUUCGACGAGGGCAGCUACCGGUUCCGGAAUACCUGGAAUGCCGCAUAUUUAGACGGAAACUGGCGCUUCGUCCAGUGCAACUGGGGAGCCCGUCAUUUGGUAAAUGCCAAAGAGGGAGAGUUGAAUGGAAAAGGGGCCGAUGGAAAUCUCCGAUACGAAUAUGACGAUCACUACUUCAUGACGGAUCCGGAGGAAUUCAUCUACGAAUUCUUCCCGUCCGAUGCAUCGUGGCAGCUCCUACCAAGACCUUUAUCGCUCUCCCAGUUCGAGCGAAUCCCCUUCGUCCGGUCGCUAUUCUUCAAGUAUGGACUGGCCUUUACUGACGAUACGCUGGAGAGCCAGAUAUAUACCGAUCGUACCGGCGCCGCUUCCGUCUCUAUCCGAUUACCAGAAAAAGGUGGCGAGGACCUGAUCUUUCAUUAUAACCUCAAGCUCUACGAUUCCGAGGACACUUCCAUGAACGGCAUGUCGUUGAAGCGGUUUGUCAUGCAGUCCGUCGGCGACAAGGUUGUCUCAUUCCGAGUGCACGCCCCCGCCCCACGACCACUGUUGCUCGAUAUUUUUGCCAACUCCGUGUCUUCAGGCCACUAUCUCACCGGGCAGCCCAUCAAAUUCAAGAGCGUAUGCAAAUUUAAGAUCAUGUGCGAGGAACUUUCCGUAAUUAUGGUUCCACUUCCGGAGUGCGCGAGUGGCGAAUGGGGGCCCGCAAAGGCACGAAGAUUGUUCGGAAUUCUGCCCGUCACCCACCCUGAGCCAAUUAUCAACACUGGGCGGACGGCUGAGAUUCGGUUUAAAAUGACCAAGCCACUCUCCGAAUUUGUCGCCUCUCUGCAUAGAAACCGGACCGACGACCGAACGUUGGCCCCGUGCGCAAAAUGCCAAAUCCGAGGUGAUACGGUAUCAAUAUGGGUCGAAUUCCCGGAGGAGGGCCAAUAUGGUUUGGAUAUCUAUACCAGGCAAAAAACCUCGUCCAGCGACAGCCGGCAACUCCUCACCCAUUGCUGCAAAUAUUUGAUCCACUCAAGGUUGAAU